AUGACAAGUUUGGGAUUAGAAACCGACACAGGGCUGGAAAAGAUUCAAGUUCAUAUAUACAUCAUGGAUCGUGCUGUAAAGAAUGCAGCAUAUCACCAAUAUCUGGAAAUCUUCAUUUGUGUACCAUGUGUAGUGAUGUUCAACUUUGCGACAAGUGUUUCAAAACAGGCGCUCACAGGCAAGUGUGCUAGUAAAAUUAGCAAGUUGUUUCAAUCAGAACGAGUUGUCGCGCCUAUCCUUCCAUCUAAUAUUGUUGCAUCGUUAGAGCAACGUGAACUGGUAGAAAAAGAUUACGAAAUUCUAUUGAUAUUGGAUAAGCCUCAGCAACAGGGGUCUAUUCCUUUACAUAUUAUCAACUCGUUUCCAUUGAUUCAAAUCAAAGGACCAAAAGAUAAGGAGCGAGUAAGACUUGGAGAAGGAGCCGAUGGAAUGUGUGGUGUGUGUCAAGUUAAAAUUGGAUAUGGCGAGCUUGUUCGACAAAUCUCGUGUGGUCAUGGAUUUCAUCAGCCCUGCAUAGAUCGAUGGUUACUGCAUCAGAGAACUGUAUGUCCUAAAUGUGGACUAGCUGCAUAUUACAAUGUAUCGAAAAGUGAAGAAAGGUUGGAUGAAAUGAGCCUAAAGCCAGAUACAAGUGCACCAAUAUACAAAAGUGCCUUGUAUGGUGCAAAUGCUACGAAUUCUUUAAAACCUACACGAAAAUAUCUUUCUGGAACAAAAAAAUGCUCUAGAGGACUUUUAAGCAUGAAUACAAACAAUCGAAUGACUGUUUUACGCGACUCGGAGCAUUCUGUAGGAGACUCUGAUCUUAACUUGAUGAUCCUUGGAUCCAAUACAACCCACUCUGAUAACAAUAGUGUUAGAUCUGUAUCAAUUCAUCAGCUUGUACCAAAAGCGAAUACAAAAAUAAGUUUCAAGACACAGACUAUAUCAGCUAAAAUGGACAUCAGACAAACGAAAGCCAAUACAGGCGAUACUGCAAAAAUCCAGCCCUUGUUGUCCAUUACAAACGCAGCACCCACUCUCAUUGUUGAAAGACAUGCUAAAAUUGAACUUGAUCAACCGUCAAUCUCAAAACCGGUCAUUAGAAAAGCGCCGAAAUUGUCAGAGGGUUCUUUUUUAGCCAAUCUGCAGUCCCUGAGUGUCAAUGGAUCUCUGUAUGGGUAUGCCCAAGCUGCAGAACCUUUAUAUCCUAAACAUUCAAACUCAAGUGCAAGUCAAUCUAUAGCUAAUCCUGGUUUGCCAAGUUCUCCUGGUCAGCGCAUUUUAGGGCCAAAAAGACGAAAUAUUCGCACAUUUGAAAUGCCAAGACUUACAAAUCUUGAUGUUCAUGCCCAGUCACUACACCUUAUUCCAAAAUAA